AUGGAAGCAUCCCCAGCCAUGGAGGCCCACGACAAGGCCGUCUCCGCCAUCUCCUCCCGCGUCAAGCACUUCCACCACCUGCAGAAGCCCUUCCGCAUCUACCACGGCGCCACAAACAGCACGCGCCGCUCCCACCGCAGCGCGGACAACACCAUCGACACCAGCCAGCUGAGCCACGUCCUCUCCGUCGACCCGGCCGCCAAGACGGCCGUCGUCGAGCCCAACGUGCCCAUGGACGUCCUCGUCCGCGAGACGCUGCUGCCCCACGGCCUCGUCCCGCCGGUGGUCAUGGAGCUCCCCGGCAUCACCGUCGGCGGCGGCUUCUCGGGCACCUCGGGCGAGAGCAGCUCGUUCCGCCACGGCGCCUUCGACGCCAACAUCAACUGGAUCGAGAUUGUGCUGCCCGACGGCGCGGUGGCGCGCGCGUCCAAGGCGGAGCGGCCGGACCUCUUCUGGGGCGCGGCGUCGGCGUUUGGCACGCUGGGCGUGGUGACGCUGCUCGAGGUGCAGCUCAAGGAGGCCAAGGAGUACGUGAGGCUCGAGUAUUCGCUCGCGAGGGGCGCGCAGGACAUGCUGGACAAGAUCCGGGAGGCGUGCGCGGUGGAGGACAACGACUAUGUGGACGCCAUCGUGUUUGCGAUGGACACGGCGGUUGUUUGUACGGGGCAGCUGGCGGAUCAGGUGCCGCAGGGGACGAAGCCGGUGGGCUUCCUCAGCCGGAGCGACCCCUGGUUCUACACCCGGGCAAGGGACGUCGUGAAGCAGCUCAAGAGGACGGCGGCAAAGGGAGGAGGAGGAGACGAGAGCAAGUCAGCGAUUGUGACGGACUUUGUCCCGCUGCAGGACUACCUCUUCCGCUAUGACCGCGGCGGCUUCUGGACCGCCGUGUACGCCUACCGAUACUUCCUCACGCCGUUUAACCGCAUCACGAGAUACAUCCUCGACCCCUUCAUGCACGCCCGCGUCAUGUACCGCGCCGUGCACAAGAGCGGCCUCGCGGACUACUACAUGGUGCAGGACGUCGGCGUGCCGUACGACAGGGUCGUCGAGUUCCAGGCCUGGCUGGACAAGGAGCUGCACAUCUACCCGCUCUGGAUCUGCCCGCUGCGCAUCCGCCGCGACGACCCCGACUCGGGCCACGGGCUGCACUCGGAGUUUGCGCGGCCGGACGCGCCCGACCUGAUGAACUUUGGGGUCUGGGGCGGCGUCAAGGGCAGUCGAAGGGAGGUCGUUGAGAAGAACCGCGCGCUGGAGCGCAAGGUGCAAGAGUUGGGGGGCAAGAAGUGGCUGUACGCGCACGCGUACUACACGGAGGACGAGUUCUGGUCGCACUACGACAGGAGCUCGUACGAUGCGCUGAGGAAAAAGUACGGGGCCGAGUACCUGCCGAGCGUGUACGACAAGGUCAAGGUGGACGUGGAGGGCGAGGAGAGGGCGCGGAACGCGACGUGGAGGACGAGGUGCAGGGCGCGGCUCGGGGAUCUCUGGCCGUUGGCGGGACUGAGGGGGUUUUAUAGCGCGGUGAAGGGGGGCGAUUAUCUGUUGCAGAAGAAGAGGAGAGGGGGCGAGGAGGUUGUGAGGGAUGAGGUGGAGGUCGGGAAGAGGGAGUGAUUGGGGAUGUGUUGAGUUGUUAUGAUACCCGAGUCUCACUUGGCCAGCCCCGGACAGAGCAGACACUCCUCCCGCUCAGUCAUGUCGAAAGCCGCCCAUCUCCGUCUUGUUCCUGCCGCUCAUCUCGCCGAGCGUCUUGUCGCGCUGCUGCCGCGCCUCGUCGGGGUUCUUGUAGAUCCAGUUGUAGCCGACGAGCACGGCCAGGGCGGCGCCGCCAAUGACCAUC